UGUACUUCACGCUGAAAACAACUCUCUCCUCGUACCUGUACAUCCCCUACACAUUGACUAUUGUAACUGGACGGCAGUGAUGAUGAUGGGUGUGGCGUCGGGGUUGAUGGUGGCAGUAUUCAUGGUGGACGCUCGGCUGCCUCACCCUCAUGCUGAACGACAGACACUGCCAUUGUUGUCUGGGGUAGCAGACGCAGUUUUGUCAACUUUUUCGGAUCCACAUCUCAGUGUCUUCCUUUUCAUUGACGGCAGCACCUUCACCUCGACUGUCGAUAAGGAACUGGGAAGACUCCCGGCCUCCUGGGGUGUGGCGGUGUUCGAGGUGGCAGUGGACGGCCAGGACGCUAACAUGACUCAGGCGAAGCUCUCCCGGGUGGUCGACGAGGCUCGGCGGCUGCGGCAGGUGUCAUGGUGCGUGACGGUGGUGGUGGUGAGCGACGACCCAACAUUCCUCGCCAUGUUCGCCGAGUGGUCCCUCAAGGGCCGCCUCCUGGUGUGGUCGACGAGGCUCCUAGUUGUCACCCGCCUGCCCCUCUCGCGCCUCCAUCCCCUACACAAGUUACUCUCCGUGACCAACUCCAUGUUGCUCAUCAUCAAGGAUUCUUCGGAAUAUCUUAGGUCCAGCGUGUACAUGAAAUUACCAUACAGCUUGCCGGAUGAUCAGGGGUUGUUAAUUGCUUCCUGGACUUCCCAAAGAGGCAUUUUUCUCACCAUCAACCUCCCGCUCUUCCCUGACAAAUUCCAUCGGUUUCCUCACAGACCAAACCUCGUGGUGGCGACAGAGAAGUUCCGGGCCGUGAAGAAGGAUGUCGGGGAAGAGAAGCUUAAGUAUGCCGGCAGUUUCGCCAAUAUUCUCGACUACCUUUCCAUCAGUUUAAACUUUUCAUACACUUUCGUUCGUCCCUCUGAUGACACUUGGGGCGGAAAAAAGGCUGAUGGGUCUUACACCGGCAUGGUGGGUAUGGUGGCCAGGGAGGAAGCAGACUUCGCAAUUGGUCCCUUCGGCAUCAGCGCCAGCCGUGCUGAGGUGGUGGACUUUACGUGGCCGUUGUUUGUGACCUACUCUAGGAUAAUGGCUGGUAAACGUGGGGUGGAGGCGGACCCCUGGGGUUUCCUACUGCCCUUGGCACCGUUGGUGUGGGUGGCCAUCCUGACAGCGCUGGUGGUGUUGCCUGUGGUUAUGUUUCUUUUUUCGUUGUUCUGCUCUCUGCUAUCAAAUCCUCCUAAUGAAUCAGCAACUGAUGCCUUCAGUAUGUUUCGUGUAUUGCUUCAACAAGACAUUUCCUUCCCCGAUGACUGGUGGUGGGAGCGGGUACUGUUGGGGGUGUGGAUGUUGACGACACUGGUGUUAACACGGAGCUACGCCGGCAACCUCAUGUCCCUCCUGGCCGUGAGACACAUCCCUCAACCUUACCAAACAUUACAAGACGUGCUGGACGACCCCUCGGUUAUCAUGAUUUGGCAAAGUGGCUCAACAAAUGAACAUAUAAUACAUUCUGCACAGUCAGGCAUAUUCCAAGAGGUGGCCAAGACGGAAACAUCUGGACGGAUCAAGUUCCACACGAUCAAAGAGUUCCCACGCAGCGUCAACUCCCUGGUGAGGCGAGGAGACCACGUCCUCAUCGAGGUGGAGGAAAUCAGUAACAUGUUUAUGAGCCAAGACUUCAGUCAUUCAGGAUCCUGUGACUUCUACAUGUCGCGGGAAGGUUUCUUACCCAUGAUGUUGUCCAUGAUCGGCCCCAAGAAUAGUCCUCUUGUACCUGCGAUGAGUGAGAG